AGAGUGAGAUUGUGCCACCAAACAUUCCUUAGCAAAGGAACCACCAGUCUUUGGUUACCUCAACUUUCCUCUCUGUUUCUACUUCUUCGUAUCAACCGCCAUUAUACGCUCUCUUUCUUUCCUCUCUGUCUUUCUUUCUCAUUAUCAUAUCAACCAAAGGCAUAUUUUUCUUUUUUUCAUUUUAUUUUCUGUGACGGAUUGAGGAAUCCCCCAUAGAGAGAGAGAUUAUGAAGAUGGCUCAGUUGAAGUUCAUGGUUCCCCUGCUUUUCUCGCUUUGUCUGAUCCUACCUCUGACCCUAGCCAACGACGUGCAUUAUUGCGAUAAGAAGGCUGAAUAUGAUGUCAAGGUUAAAGCAGUUGAUAUAUCUCCUUAUCCUAUUGCAAGAGGAAAGCCGGCCACCUUCAGCAUUUCUGCAACUACAGGUGAAGCAAUAUCUGGAGGGAAAUUGGUGAUUGAUGUAUCUUAUUUUGGAUGGCACAUCCACAGUGAGAGCCAUGACCUUUGUUCAGAAACCUCUUGUCCUGUUUCAACUGGUGAUUUUGUGGUUUCUCACUCUCAAGUUUUGCCUGGAUUUACUCCACCUGGUUCAUACUCCCUUAAAAUGAAGAUGUAUGACGGAAAAGGCAAUCAGCUAACAUGCAUUACUUUUGAUUUCUACAUCGGAUUUGCAUCGUCUGUGGCGGAUAUUUAAUAUCUUCAAAAUAUUGGCUCUCUAGCCUACCCAUCACUGCCAUACUGCAUAUGAUGUGUAAAAAGAAAUCUCAAUGCAUAUUUUUCUGUACUUUACACCCCCUUUGAUAGUUAUGUUUUAGCUUACUAUCCUGUGAAGCAUCCAUCAUACUUGUUUUUGUCUUUGAGAACAUUAAUAAUUGUUAAUGCACAGCUAUUUUAAAAUAGGUUAUAAUAUGUCAUUACAGUGGUUAUUAAUGCUAUUUAGUAAUUUUGUUUC